AAGAACUCAGGAUAAUUGCAUCAUGAGUGAAGAAGAGAAUAGAACUACAGCUCCGGCUAAUAUCCCCAUAGUUACUCUUGCGCGAAUAUUUCAAGAUGUUUCGUUUAGAAAGGAGAAUACUAGGAUCACAUCAAAUACGCUCAAGUUAUCCUCAGAAUACAUUAGACUAUUUAUUAAAGAAGCACUAAUACGUUCCAAUGAAGAAAGAUUGAAGGAAAUAGAAAUAUCUGGACAAGUAGAUGGAAUUGAUCAAGUUGGUGAAAGUACCAAUAGAAAUAAUCAAGACAGCGAAUUCGAACUUGAUGACGAUGAGAUAGACGUUGAUAUGGUCCCCGAACCAAACACUCAACAACGGGCCGUGAGUACAGGAGGUGGUGAUACCGUUGCAAAUAACAUGCUUGAUACUAGGCAUCUAGCUAGAGUUGCUGGGGUAUUGGUACUCGAUUUUUGAAAACUACUAAAUAAAUAUACGUAUAAUAUGUACAAGAAUGAUUUAAUUAAUUAUUACUUAUUGCAAAAGAACCCAAAUCUACAAUAUUCCAAAAACCAUAUUUAAGACCUUUUUUAGAUGUUCCCAAUUUUUUAAUUUCUUCGGGUAAUUUGGCU